UGGAAACUCAUAAUAUCUUAAAGAUCUCAAAAUAAGCGUUCUUCUAUGGCGGCCUUACUGAUCAGAUCCAUCGCUAGAACCUUUAAACGGUCAUCAGCCGCUUACUCCACAGGUGGUGGUAGAGGUUGCACUUGUACGAGCAAGAAGCUAGAAGGUAAAGUAGCUCUCAUAACCGGUGGUGCAAGCGGGCUUGGGAAAGCCACCGCCAACGAGUUUAUCCAACAUGGUGCUCGAGUCGUGAUCGUCGAUUCUGAUGCGGAAAGCGGGCUUAAAGCCGCUAAGGAGCUAGGAGUUGCGGCUGAGUUUAUGCGCUGCGACGUCACGGUGGAGGAGGAUGUUGCCAGAGUCGUUGAAACGACGGUGGAGCGGCAUGGGAAGCUGGACGUGAUGUAUAACAAUGCAGGGAUCGUGGGACCUACGGCUAGCAUAUCGGAGCUUGAUAUGAAAGAGUUCGAGAAAGUGAUGAGUAUUAACGUUAUUGGCGUUGUCUCUGGCAUUAAACACGCCGCCAAGGUUAUGAUUCCCGCUGGAUCGGGAUGUAUUUUGUGCACUUCAAGCAUAGCAGGUGUGAUUGGAGGGUUGGCCCCACAUUCAUACACAAUAUCCAAAUUCACAAUUCCUGGGAUCGUUAAAUCGGCAGCGAGCGAGCUCUGCGAACAUGGUGUGCGUAUCAACUGUAUCUCACCAGGUACGGUGGCGACGCCGCUCACUCUACGUUACCUUCAAAAAGUUUUUCCCACGGCGACGGAAGAAAAACUCAAGAAAACAGUAAAAGGAAUGGGUGUGUUAAAAGGAGCCGAGUGCGAAGAAGCUGACGUGGCUAGAGCUGCUCUGUAUUUGGCCUCCGACGACGGUAAAUAUGUUACUGGUCAUAACUUGGUCGUUGACGGCGGCAUGACUGCUUUCAAAAUCGCUGGUUUUCAUUUUCCUUCUGAUUCAUGAUAGUUUGAUUUGUGACGACAUGAAUAAGAAGAAAAAAACUAUGAGUAAGAAAGAAGCUAAAAUAAAACAAUUAAAAAAAAUAAAAUUUCGGUUUGGUUAAGUUGGAUUUACUCGAGAUUCAUGGUGCAAAUUGAAUAAACCAAGUAAAAGAACCGUGAUUCACAAACCGAGUAAACCUUACUUAGCAUAGGCAUUAUGCUUUCUAUUAUCCAAUCAACAUUUG